CCUCAUAAUGUCUGGGACACAGACGGAGUGUAACGUCUCUUUCACACAUGCUGGUCACCGAAAGAGCUUCAACGCAACAGAGUGCUUCAAACGAAGACGAUGGCGUGAUGUGGGAGAAUGUGCAAGAAUCUCUACUAUAGCAUUUGAGUUGUCGUAGAUGCUUGAAAUGCAGUUCACUGAAGAGCUGGGCCUUCUGAAAUACACAUUACAUGAUGUGCUAAUUUGAUUUGACCCAUCAGACAGAUGCUGGAGAAGCUCAAACUCAAUGUUGACUGAUUUUUGCGGCUGAAGCUACUGUGGAGAUUUUCAGAGGAACUACAUCAUCUGCUGCAAAAAGUGUGCUGCAUAUUCUGGGAAUUUUUUUUUUUUACUUUGAAGAACAUCGAAACAAGUUUCUUUAUUUUUGGUACAAGGCAAAUCUCAUAACGUUGGAGGAUCAUUUGCAAAGCUGCAUGUUCAUGAUGCAACAAUGAACGGACACUGAUUAAGGUAAACCAUUCCUCUAAAGUAGCUAUAUUAAGACUGGAUAUUUGGUCGUUGUUUUUAUUUGGAGAAGAAGCAGAACAAGGUUCACCACCUAAGCAUCAUUUUGCACAACAUUCAUUUACUUUCUAGUUUUUAAAAAAUAAAUCACCAAGAAGACCCAAUGAAACAAGCCGAAUCCUUUCUUCUCGACACCUCCGGGACGUCCCUCAUAAACCACGCCCCCUUGCUCCGCCUCAAUGCUCUCGACUUCUCCGACCUAUGGGAUGACGAGGAUCUUGAGUUGGACAGUAUUGAUGAAGACUCCUCCCUCACUUCAGCCAAUCAGAUUGCAGCCUCACCCAUCCCUCCGCCCCCUCCCCCUCCCCCUUCAGCCCCUCCUCUUCCUGUAGCCAGUGAGUCGCCGCGGCUGUCAGGCUGUCGUACUCUGAGGCUCCACUGGAGCGCGCUGUUGAAUCUGCAGCCUUUGCCAAGAGUGGGUCGUUUCGGGCCUCAUUCGAUCUGGGCAGGUCUGGAACCGGUUCAUCUAGACACCAAUAGACUGGAAUACUUGUUUGAGAGCAAAAGUAGCAGCAACAGCGCCCUCUGCAGUCUGAUGGAGCGACGACGGCAGAAGCAGCCGUGUGUGUGUGUAUUGGGAGUGAAGCGCAGUAACAUCAUCACUAUAGCCCUGAGCAGUCUGCCACCGGCCCACCUGCUUCCUCCUGCUAUAUUCAGUAUGGACAAUACUGUGCUAGACAGAGAAGACAUCCAGAGGUUGCAGAUGUUGGUUCCCACUGAAGACGAGCUGAAUCUGAUAAAGGAGGCGAAAGCUCAGGCCCCGCGCUUACCUUUGGGCCCCGCUGAACAUUGUCUCCUGACCCUGGAGAACGUUCCUCAUCUGAACGCCAGACUGCAGCUCUGGGCCUUCACUCUGGACCACGACAACCUGGAAAGAGAAAUCGCAGAGCCACUCUUCCAUCUGAAGCUUGCCAUGGAGCAGCUAGCGGCCAAUCAGACGUUCCGCUGCAUACUUGCUACUGUGCUAGCCAUUGGCAACUUUCUAAAUGGCUGUAAGGCGAAGGGGUUUGAGUUGAGUUACCUGGGCAAACUCUCUCAGGUGAGAGACACACACAGCCGGCAGCCUCUUCUUCAUCACGUGUGCGUGUUAUUGCUCCAGCUUUACCCACAAUCCUCUGAUCUAUACUCUGACAUCACUGCUGUCACAAAAGCCAGCAAGUGUGACUACACGCAAGUGCAAGUGAAUCUCUCCCAGCUUGAAUCUCUUUGUAAAGCAUCCUGGGAUCAACUAAGACUUCUUGAGAAGGAUGGAAAGAAGAAGAAAGGUGGAGGAAGAAAAGAGGAAGGUGGAGAAGAGGCAACGCUCAAUCAUCGGCUCCACCAGUUUCUGAAAGACUGCGAGGAGAGGUUGAAGGUGCUACGAGCAGUUCACCGCAGAGUCAUUAACAGAUUCCACUCGUUCCUGCUCUUCCUCGGUUACUCGCGUUCCAUGGUGAGAGAAACAAGUGCAGAGGCGUUUUGUAAGACCGUUAGUGACUUCGCUCUGGAGUACAGAGCCACUCGCAGUGCUAUCCUUCAACAGUGGGAGAAAGAGAAGGAGAAAGAGAGGGAGAAGGACAGCCAAAGCACACCUAAAAUCAAAAUUAGACUCCAACAAAGCCCAUCUGAUGAGAAUCAGGAGCAGGUGAAACUUGAGGAGGCUUUGAAGACUCCUGGAUCGUCAUCAUCUUUUCACUUUGACUUCACUCUUCCACGACAGCGCAGCAAGAUGACCGACAAGAGAGGUUGUCACUCCCGAAGGCUGAAAUGGUGAACUCCAGUCCUCAUUCCUUUAAAAGUAUUGCCUGUUGAUGCGUUAGCUUGUCAACUCUAUAUUUUUGAGUAUGGAAAAAAACUUGAAAUCUCUUUUCUGUGAUUUCUUUUGCAUUGCUACUACUUUGUUUAUACAGUAAUGUUUUAGUACAUUAAUGGUACAGUGGUGUAAUAAACAGUCUUUUAGCAUUCUUUGCCAUAAUUUCCUGUAAUGAUUCUGAAUUUGAAACAAAUUCAGUAGUCUAUAUUUGUAAUAUAGCUUGAUUAGCAUAUCUUGAUUAGCAAGGCUUUGUUUUGUUAGCAAGACUUUAAUUUCUUUGUUAAGUUUAAUUUCUUUAAUACUAACAACAACCAUGGUGCUAAUGGUUUACAGAUGCUUGAAACAGUUCAAUAUCAAAUACCAUAGUUAAUUACAAUUAUUGUUCAUUAUAUAAAACAAUAAUAAAUGAAUAAAAGAUUUCCUUGUUCG